UAUGUUUGGGCAAGAACCUCAAGAAAGAAGCCCCUCCUCCUUUUGCGCCUACAAAACUACAAACUACAAACUCUCUCGCCCUCACGCCGCCAAGAUUCUUCCCUCCCUCCGCCUCCUGGUGCCACUCCCGCCUCAUACACACAAAAAAAAAAUUACAGAAAAAUGGGCCUCCUCUUUCUUUUUCUCAAGCCCACCACCCCCGCCACCUUCUUCCUCCUCCUCCUCCCCACCCUCCUCCUCUCUUUUCUCAUCAAAACCACUCGCGCGCACCCACACGCAGCAGCAGCAGAUUCCCAUCUCUCCACCCCCGGCUUCGGCGACAUUGCCAGCUCUGUCAACCCAUCUCCCUCACCGCCCCAUCCUCCUCAACCCAACAACGCGGGCCCCACCAGAUCCUCCUCUCUCCGGCCGAGCAUAGCCAUAAUCGUCGCCGUUCUCACCACCGUCUUCUCAGUCGUCUUCCUUAUUCUCCUCUACGCCAAGCACUGCAAGCGCGGUGCUCUAGUUAUCGUCGGCUCUAACUCCAAUUCCGGACCCACCGGACCCGCCCCACGUAAAAACUCAGGCAUUGACCGCUCCGUCGUCGAGUCCCUACCAGUGUUCCGCUUCAGGUCCCUUCGCGGCCAUAAGGACGGGCUCGAGUGCGCGGUCUGCCUGACCCGGUUCGACCAAACCGAGGUCCUCCGUCUCCUGCCAAAAUGCAAACACGCGUUCCACGUCGAGUGCGUCGAUACGUGGCUCGACGCCCACUCCACCUGCCCCCUCUGCCGGUACCGGGUCGACCCCGAAGACGUCCUCUUAGUCGAGGACGCCGCAAAGCUCUUGCAUCCGAAGAAUAGCGAUGUCGUUUUGGAGAUCGAGAACGACCCGGUUUUUCGUCGGAUUUCGGGGCGGCACUCGUUCGCCGGAGAACACAGACCGGGGCAUCAUCAAGCCCAAACGUGGUCGUUUCGGAGGUCGCUGGACAGCUGGACAGCAAUCCGAAUGAAGAGCGAGCCGGCCACCGUCGGAUGCUUCGACCGACCCAGAAAAGAUGGACUCCUGUUGGGCCAAGACAGGACGAGGUUGGAGCACCGGAUCAUCGUGUCCCCUACCGGGUCGGGGUCUGGUCCCGGUGGGCUCCAGCAGAGAUGGAGCGACGUACUGCCGUCGGAUCUUCUGUAUCUACGGUCGGAAAUGAUAAUGAGCGAGGGCUUGACACGUCAGCGGGCGCAGCAGAAUGAGAAUAGUAAUGGGCAGCAGGCGAGUGCGGGGCCCGCGGCAGGAGGAGGGCCCGGAGGGAUUGAUGGGAAGAGGAGAUCAUGGAGCUGUGGUGGUUCGAACAGAGCGACGGGGGGCAAUGAGAGCCAACAGGAACAACAACAACAACGACAGCUCAAGCUUGUGGCCAGGUGGCUGGCCUGGGUUUCUUCUCUCUCGCGACCGGCAAUACGGACGGAGCGUACUACUAUUCCCACCCCCACUACUACACCGCCCAUUUGCUAGCUUUUUUCAGGUUUUUUUAUUUUUUUAUUUUUUUUAUAAAGUUACUCGGAAGGCGCCAAAACUUAGAAAGUAGAGAGAACUGAAGGUAAGCCAGUCCACUACCUUCCAAAAUAUUUAUUUUUAUUUUUUUUGGUGUGAAAUUGUAAUUUUCGUUUUCUAUUUUAUAUUAGUAGAAGGGAUGGGGGUGUGAAACGCUGGAAGACAUUAGACUAGACACACGAGCAGAGGGAUAGAUAUUCCAGACAAUCAGGGUUAACGAAAUGACACGUGCACUUUUUGUGAUACGGGAGUCUUGGUAGUUUCUUUUGUUUUUGCUUUUUGAUCUGAAUAUAUAGCAAGCUUCUUUUUAUCACAA